CAGGUGGUGACACCGAAGGGGCAGAUUUCUCUCCCACCGUUGCCGAGUCGCCGCCGGCGAGUUGCUCUUCUGAAAAUUCAAAGAUGCGGAGUACAGUAUAAUACACGGAAGGGGGCAAAUCUCUGCGUCUCCAGUUGCCUUCCCGCCGCCGCGAACGCUACAUUUUGCCUCGUUGGCUCAUUGCUCAGUCCAACAUGACCGGCACAAAAACCGUUACCAAGUCGCCGCCGGAGCUCAUCGUUCCGGCGUUGACAACCCCCGGCGGCACCCUCCCGCUCUCCUCCAUUGACAAGGCAGCCGGCAGCGCCGGCUUGGUUAACCUCAUCCAGGUCUUUGCCCCGCCCUCGUUCACCGCCGCUCGUAUGAGCCAGGGCGCCGCCGCGGCCAUGGCAGCGAUGCGCGACGGGCUCGCGAGGGCUCUCGUGCCGUACUACCCGGUGGCCGGCCGCGUCGCCCCGAGCGGCCUUGCGGUGGACUGUACUGGCGAGGGCGUCUGGUUCGUGGAGGCCGCCGCGAGCUGCGCGCUUGCCGACGUGGACGGCCUCGGUUGCUGCCCGCUGCUCAUCCCCGGGGAGCUCCUCCUCCCGCGCCCUCCCCCCGGCGAGAAGCUCGACGGCCUCAUCCUCAUGGUCCAGGCGACUAGGUUCACCUGCGGUGGUUUCGCCGUCGGGAUCAGCUUCAGCCACGCGGUGUUCGACGGCCAGGGCGCGGCGCAGUUCCUCACGGCGGUGGGGGAGCUAGCGCGGGGGCUCCAGGCGCCGUCAGUGACUCCGGUGUGGGACCGCGACGCGAUCCUGGACCCUCCCAGCCCGCCGCCGCCUCAGCUCACGGAGUUCAGGCUCGUGACCCAGGUGGCCGACAUCUCGGCGGAGAGCAUCGCGCGCGUGAAGGACGACUUCAAGCAGGCUGCCGCAACAUCAACGGGGGAGGUGUGCUCCACCUUUGACGCGCUGACGGCCGUGGUGUUCAAGUGCCGCGCGCUGGCGCUGGCGUCGGCGCUCCCUGACGACGCCGAUGUCCGGAUCGCCUUCGCCGCCGGCACGCGGCACCUGCUCCGCGGCGUGCUGCCAGCGGUGGACGGCUACUACGGCAACUGCGUGUACCUGGCGUGCGUCACUAGGGCAGGCAAGGCCGUCCGGGAGGCGUCGCUGGCGGAGGUCGUCGGCGCGGUACGGGAGGCGAAGGAGGCGGUCCCCGCGCGGUUCGCCGGCUGGAUGCGCGGCGUCGAUCACUACGACGUGCCGCUGGACUACAGCACGGUGACGGUGUCAGACUGGAGCCGCGUCGGCUUCGACGAGGUGGACUACGGCUUCGGCGCGCCAGCGUACGUGUUCCCGCUCAACGACCACGUCAACUUCGUCGCGUCUCUCAACUACGUCAGGCCGCCGGCGCCCAGGCGUGGGGGCAUCCGGGUGGUGCUCCGCUGCGUCGAGGAGCCUCACGCCGCUGCCUUCGCUGUCGAGCUCGCCAAGUUCGCCUAAAUGCAACGGACGCCCCAUUUUGGGAGCAAAAAAUGGAGAGGCAGCCUGCAUUUCGAUGCUGCACACCAUCAACAGUGUAUAUAUACAACACCAUAAGAAUUAUGAAACGGAGGGAAUUGCAAUUUGGUUGCAGUUAAGCAUCACAUAGUUGGUUCAAAGAUCUACACACUCAGAUUUCUAGGUACAUUUUGUAUAUGGUGCGGCCAUCUUUUUUUCUUUCGAAUUGUGCAUGGCAAUACACCUGUAACGUUGUGUUCGGAUGUCUGUAUUGGAGACCUCUGUAUUGAAUUGGU